AUGAAGUUCCUUGCCUUCUUUUACGCUGUCUUGAGCUACCUCCUCCCUCCCGCUAUUGAAGCUCAUUCGUGGCUAGUGAAGCCUGUAUCCCGUGAGACUGGACCACGUACGACCGAUGGCACUAUUGGCUGUCCAACACUACCCCCGGUACCCCAACUUCGUUUUCCCCCGGCGAGACGAUCGAUGUUCGCUACUGGCGCAAUAACCAUCUCGGUGGAUUCAUCCGAUGGGCCAUUUCACCAGUCGGCAGUGAGACUGCCUCAGACUUUGAUGACAAAGUUUUCUUCUACACAUGCCGAGAAUCUGGACCGGAUUGUGUCCCUGCUGACGGGUCAACGAGUCGAUAUGCUGGGGAUAGCAGCGGAGAUCACACCAUUUCUUGCGUGGGUUUGGUUCGGUGUGGGCUCCAGCUACGGCAACAUCGGCUGGGCCGAACCCCAGUUUGUAUCGUGCGCAGAUAUCACGCUGACUUCCGCAGGCUCAGGCAGUGAGACUGGAUGCCCUACUUUUGUUGGAGGCGACAGAGUGACCAAAAACGAGAAUUUGGACGACGACGAGUGCUUCUACUUCUACACCAACUCGAUCGAGUCGACGCAAUACAAAGGCAGCAACGACGAUUAUGAGCAGUACUAUAUCUUCGGCAAGCCUUCGUACGUUGACAGCUGCAGUGGCCCUACUGCUGAUAGUGGGAACUCUACAAUGGCCCCUACAACGCAGAAUCCAGUCACGACAGCCCCGGCUUCAACGACCGAAAGUCCUUUAAACGCUCCGACUGCUACAUCUGCUUCAAGUGAACAUCCGGAGGCCACCUCAAAUGAAAGCAGUGUUGCGGGCGAUUCUAGUAACAUUUCCGAUGAAAGUAUCGACAAUGAAUCUCCAGAUGGAACUGUCGCGCCCGGAGGCUGUAAAAGCAAAAAUCAUUCCUGGACUCGUGGAUAA